UGGAGCGUGUGAUACUAGAACAUAUGUCUUAACAUUGAUCAUAUCUAAUACAAUGACAACUCACCAAUGAAAUCUAUUGCUUAUACACAUUCUCUCUAAUGAUUUGUCAUGGCUUUAGAUAGAAAGUCUCGUUAUUUCCUCAUCUUUGUAGCUCCACUUUUAACGUAUAUUACUCUCUCAGUAUAUCUCAAGAAACUCCAUCAAAAACAACAAACAUUGAACCUUAGUUCUCAAAAGCAGUUUAAAUAUGCUCCAACAUUAUCAAAACGGAAUGAAGUAAUUGACAAAAGAAGAGGUUCACAGCCAGUGAUAGAUGUCAUCAAACAAGUUAUGGUUGAUGAAAUACCCAGGGAUUUUCGGCGAGAAAAUAAUGAUGUCAGGGACCAGAACAUGCUUGAAUUAAGUCAAAAGUUUACUGAAUCUGAAAUCAAGAAUGAGGACGUUUUAGAAAGAAACCAGAUGGAGGAGAAGAAUAUGAAUUUAUUAUAUGAAGAUAAGGAAGAACAUAUAUUUAAAGAAAAAUUCAUUGAAAAACCAAUUGCCGACCGAGAAUUAAAAUUGGAAUCCCAGAAAAAGAGAAACGGAAAAAGUUAUCAAAUGAAAAACAAUCCAAUUUUUAUGAUAAGAGAACCUGAUAUGAGUUGGUGCCAGAAAUUCCGUGCGCGAAUUUUGAUUUUGAUAUUCUCGAGACCGGAAAAUAUUUACGAAAGGCAGAUAAUUCGAAAGACCUGGCUUAAAGAUUUACCCAAAGAAAUGUACGUAAUAUUUGUAAUUGGAAAGUCGGAAUUUGAUAAAGAUACCUUGGAAUCGGAAGAAGAAUUUCAGGAUAUACUUCAAGGGGAAUUUAAGGAUCACAAACGCUCUGAGACAACAAAAUUUAUGAUGACUUUAUUUUGGUUUAGUCAUUUACAAAAUUAUUGUAAAGUUCCGAAGUUGGUCCUUAAAACUGUGGAUAAUAUUUACAUAAAUGUGGCCGCUUUCCACGAAUGGUUACGAACUAAAUAUACAACUACUAAAAACGUCUAUUUAGGCAGAGUAGUGAAAAAUGACCAGCCAAAUAGAGAUCGUGCAAACCCCAGGUAUGUUCCCAAGAUAGCUUUUCAUCACUAUAUUUUCCCGGAUUAUCUAAACGGACCUCAAUAUUUAUUUUCGGCUGAUGUAAUCCAGAGAAUGUCAUACGUUUCAAAACUAGUUUUUCCUAUUGCUGUUGAGGACGCUUAUAUAGGUUUGCUUAGUGAUCGUCUGCAAAUAAAACCAAUACAAGACGAAAAUUUUCAUCUUCUUAUGAAGACUACUAACGUAUGUAUCAAUGCCAAACUUCUUUUCAUUUUCUGUAAAUCUGCCAAAGAAAUGAACAAAUUACACAGGCAAAUAAUUAACAGUAAAAAAUCCUUCGAAUGUCAGCCACCGCGAAGUCAGAAACAUCUUGGGCUGUGAUAUACAAAUGUGUUUCCUAUUUUAGUACAGUAUAGUUUAUAACUAUAAAAUACACUGAACUUGUUUGGUAAUUGUAUUUAUAAAAUUUAUUGAAAAAU